AUGAGUUGCGAAUUAGCGGACAAAUUAGAACUGAGGAAAGUAAAAGCAAAUGUUUCCGUAUCUUGUUUGACUGGGGUGUCAAUGAAUGUUAAAUUUAAAACGUCAGCUGUGAUUCGUAACAAGGGUGGAGGUUAUUCUCGGGUUUUGGAUUUUUUAAUUGUUCCGAAAAUAACUCAAAUUACUCCUGUUAGUCAUGCAACUAUCUCGGAGAUGGGAAUAUUUGAGAAUGUUAACUUAGCUGAUUCUGAGUUUAAUAGGUCAGGGAAAAUUGAAUUGCUACUAGGAGCAGAAGUGUUCUUUGAAUUAUUAAGAUUUGGUCAAUUGCAUGUACCUAAUUCAAAUUUAGUAUUGCAAAAUACUGUGUUUGGCUUUAUUGUGGGUGGUAGUACUAAAGAUAAUUCCCAGCCUAAAGACUUGCAUUGCGGGUUAAUUAAUGAGGCCGAAUUAAGUAGGGAAAUUAAAAAAUUCUGGGAAAUAGAAAGUAUUGACGAAACAGAUCAAUUUAAAAGUUCCGAAGAAAUUGAGUGCAAUGAGCAUUUCUUAAAAACUCACAAACGAGAUCAAUCGGGAAGGUUUGUAGUUCAAAUGCCCUUUAAACAGGAUCCGCGGUUAUUAGGAGAUUCGAAACAAAUAGCCAUAAAAAGGUUAAAUUCUUUAUGGAAUCGAUUGAACAAAAAUCCAAAGCUCGCAGAUUUGUAUUGUAAAUUUAUGACUGAGUACGAACGUUUGGGUCACAUGGAAAGAGUAAUGGAAAUUAAAGAACCUACCCCAUGUUAUUAUUUACCUCAUCACGGUGUCUAUAGGCCUGAGAAAAACUUAACAAAACUUAGAGUAGUGUUAAAUGGCUCGCAGAUAACUUCUACGGGGGAAUCGUUAAAUUCCUUGCAAAUGAAUGGCGGAGUUAUCCAAGAAGAUUUGUUUUCUAUAAUUUUAAGGUUCAGGACUCAUCGCUAUGCAUUUACUGCAGAUGUCCGAAUGAUGUACAGAAUGAUUAAUGUGGAUGAAAGUCAACGUGACAUGCAAAGGAUUGUAUGGAAAAAUUCUAAAAGUGAAGAGGUCAAGACUUAUAGGUUAUGUACGGUAACAUAUGGUACAACAAGCGCACCAUACCUCGCCAUGAGAUGUCUCAAGCAGUUAAGUGUAGAUGGGGAACAGCAGUAUCCAAAAGCUUCAACCAUUGUGAAGUCAGACUUCUAUAUGGACGAUGUUCUGACCGGAGCGGCGGAUUUAGAGACUGCGAAGGAUCUUAAAGGGGAAAUUAUAGAACUGUUAGGAAGUUGUGGAAUGCAUCUUCACAAGUGGUGCGGCAAUCAUCCACAGUUGAUUGAUACAUCAUCAGAUGCAGAUUGCUACGAUUUUGAUAAGCUGAUAGACACAAAAACUUUAGGACUGUUAUGGAAAUCACAGAAUGAUGUUUUUGCUUUUAAUUUAUCCUGCGAAGAUCAACCUAAAGUUACGAAAAGAACUGUCUUAUCUAAAACUGCGCGAAUAUUUGAUCCAUUGGGGCUGCUUGGCCCCAUAGUAACAAAAGCUAAAAUUAUUCUUCAUCGUUUAUGGAAGUUAAAAGUAGACUGGGAUGAAUCUCUACCUAAAAAAGAAACUGAAGAAUGGCUUCGGUUUAUUCAUGCUCUGAAGAAAAUUAGUAACGUUUACGUCGACAGAUAUGCGUUGUUUGCUAAGGAUAAUGUUAAAUUGGGCUCUUUAGUUUUAAUAAAAGAAGACAAUUUGCCAUGUUGCAAGUGGUUAAUUGGUAGAACUAUACAACUGCAUAAAGGUUCCGAUGAUAAAGUUAGAGUUGUGAAGAUUCGAACUACAACAGGUGAACUUAAAAGAUCGGUAACCAAGAUUGCUCUUUUACCAAUUGAAAAUUGA